UAUGUAUCAUCAAGAUUCAAGCAGAGCUAGCAGGCGAGAAACCAGCCAACUAACGAAACUAUGUACGGAGCCACAAACUAAACUACAACUACCUGGAGUAGUACGGACGUACCGUAGCCAACCAACCAUUCAGCUGCAUCCAUCUUCCAGUCCUGCUGCUUACGUGCUCUGCCAUACGUGAUCGUGACCCAAAAAAAAAUGGCUGUCACGGCGACGGCGGCGGCGGCGUCGUUGUUCGAGACCCUGGACAAGGACGGCGACGGCAAGGUGUCGGCGUCGGAGCUGCUUGGCUGCGCGGCGGCGGAGCUGGACGAGGAGGAGGCCGCGGCGGUCGUCGCGGUCGCGGACGCCGACGGCGACGGCCUGCUGUGCCGCGACGAGUUCCUCGGGCUGGCGCGCGAGGCUGCGGCGUCGGCGGACCAGCAGGCCGAAGACAGGCGGCGGUGCCUCAGGGUGGCGUUCGGGAUGUUCGCGGCGGACGCGGACGGCGGCGCCACGGCGGCGGAGCAGUGCAUCACGCCGGCGAGCCUGCAGCGGAUGCUCGGCCGGCUGGCGGUGGGGGCGAAGCAGCAGCAGCAGCAGCUGGCCUUGGACUUGGACGAGUGCCGGGCCAUGAUCUGCAGGUUCGAUCUCGACGGCGAUGGCGUCAUUUCUUUCGAAGAGUUUAGGGUCAUGAUGCAUGAUGGCCUCUUCUUAUGAUGUAUACCAUCCUGCGACCUCCGUUGUUCAUACUACGGCUGUUACCACCACACCUUCGGUCACGUUUUUUUCAGUGAGAUAUAUAUUCAAUUUUUUGGGAUGAACUUUGGACUCUAUACAUUUGUACAGAUUUUAUGUCAAAAUGUGGAAUUAC